UUUUUUACAAAUUCGUCUUUCACCGCAGAUGUACACAACAACAAUGGCGGUGGUAGCAGCAGCAGUAGCAGUAGCGGUGGCAUGGUGGGCAUCAAAGCGUCAUCAGCAACUACAACAGCAACUUCCAUGGUGGCCGCCGCUGCUGCCGUAGCCGCCUCAGUGGCGUCAACCACAUCCUCUCCCGCGUCAGUAAGUCAUCUCGGCCAUCACCAUCAUCACACACAUCACCAUCACCAUCAUCCGAAUGGUGGUCUGUUGGCUGCGGCGAGUUUGAGCGGCAUGGGCGGUCUCGGUAUACCGGUAAGCUGUGCCGGUUUGCGUAGUGUGGCGAGUGGUCUCAGUGGCUUGACCACAGCUGGUGGAGUCGGUGUGGGCAUUGGCAGCGGUGGCAGUUCGAGUGGCAGCAAUAGUAGCGGCGGUCUGGCGAGUGCGCUCAGUCUACCGCCGGGUCAUGUGCCAGAUAUUUGCCCAAUCUGUGGUAUCAAAAUUUCGGCCGAAGAAUGGAAUUCACACUUUCUGACCGAACUAGACCGACUCUAUAAGUUGAGCUCGGGUAUGGAACGUACGAAUUUACAGGCAUCUUAUAUGUUUGCACCGCCAUGUCCGGCACAGGAGAACGCCAUACGCACCAGCCAUAAUCGGUGGGAGACUUUUCAGCGAAUACGCAAUAAUAGGCAAAAUCGUCUGAGAAUAAAGGGACGAAAACGAAAAUAUGGAAAUGAUUUAUAUUUCAUGGAAAAUCUCUUCUGCAAUUCCUGCCCAAUAUGCAAACGAAAAUAUGCGAUUGAAGCCGGAAAGAUGCCACCUGAGGAAGAUACCAAAAUGCAGGAAGAAAUCGAAACGGUGGACGUUGAGAGUUGUAAUGAUGAUGUUCCGGACUCGGGCUCCGAAUUGACGACGCACUCUCAACUGAGCGUGAAUAGCAUGAGCCACGGGCAUCACAGCAACAUUGUCAACACAACAUUGAGCAGCAAUAUGCACAGUAGCAAUAGCCAACCAGGAAAGCUGGAUGGCAUCUUAUAUAGAACGGCUUGUGUAAUGAAUAAGGACACGGCAAGUAGUGAGGAUGAUUUGAAUGCAACCAGCACCAGUGGCGGUAAUAUAACGCAAACGUGGAAUCAGGCGCAGCACCACUCAGCGCCCACCAUUACAGCGCAACAAGGACAUAUCAGUGUGAAAAAUGUCAGCGAACUGUCAUCGACAACCCAUCACUUCUACAACGCGGACUCGUGUGGCGCCGUUGAUGAGCGCUCCAGCAGUGGCGCUGCGGCCGGCGGCAAUUGUAACGGCAAGGAUGUUGCGAUGGAAACAUGCAAUGCCAACGACAGCGAUGAGGACGUCAUUGUCGAUGACGAUGAUUCUAUUAAAAUGACGAAUCUCUGCAGCGGAAAAAAACGAAAGUUCGAUGAAACGGUAGUUAGUAGCAGGACUUCGGAUAAUCACUCGCCGAUGGUCGAACAGGAGCGACCACGUUCGGAGCCGCAAGUGACCAGCACUGAGCCAAACAUUGACAUUUCUAAUAAUAAUAAUAACAACAACAACAAUUCCAAAUACAGCACCUUCGAGGAGCUGCGAGCUAAACAGCAACAGCAACAACAAGUAGAGGCAGAUAAUGCGCACAGCUUGGGCGGUAUUGGUGGAGGGGGCGGCGGUGUUAGUAACGGUGGCAAUUGUGGCGCUCAUACAAAUUUAAUGGCAACGGCACACACGCAAAUGGACUUAAAGGUGGGAUUUAGUUCGGAUAAUAAACCGGACGAUGAAAACAAAUGUUUCAUUUGUAAGACAGGUAUAAAGGAUUUUGCCACGGAGUCCUUCUUCCGCGGACGGAAUUUAUACUUCCAUCAGAGUUGUGCCAAUGUGAUGAGCAGCUAUAGGUUGAGUAAAGACUUACAGCAGCAACAGCAGAAUCUAAUACACCAACAACAACAGCAGCAACAGCAACAACAAGAGGUACGCAAGUCGCCAUCGCCACAACAAUUGGUGAAUCUUUAAGAAUUUAUUCAACAAUCACAACACAUACAUACAUAGUAUAAUAUACUAUAUACCAUUAUACAAAACACACACGGAAUUCGCUCGUAUAUUUGAAAAUGUAAAUGUUAUUUUAACUGGAAAAUACCACUGGUGGGACGAAUAAUAAGACGCAAAGAUGUUCAUGCCAACAUUAGGGAUGUUCUUAUUUUAAAAUGGAUUUUUAAUUGGUAGUUGUAUUAUGGGGGUUAACUGUGGGGAGGAUGGUUUGUAAAAAAAAAUACAGAAAAUAUUCAUUUUUAACCGACUUACGAGCGUAAAUUAAAAAAAAUCAUUACUUAUAACGGAGAAUGUUAAAUUUAGACAGAGAAUGUUGUUUAUUAUUUUUAGCUAUGCUGCAACACACUGAAUAGCAAUCAAUAUGUUCUAUCCGCAAAAAUGGGCCUCUUGGUUUACGAUUGCAAGAGAAGAUGAAGAAGAUUAUGUGGAAUACAUGCACUAUGAGCCAUAAAAAACAUAUAGAGGCCGUGGACAGAACAUUAAAAGACCUUAGAAACUCCUUUGCUCUCAUGGGCGGGAUAACUUUUGUAUUUGCUGGAGAUUUCCGACAGACUCUUCCUGUGAUUAACAGAGGUAUCCGAGCGGAUAUCAUCAAAGCUGCUUAAAAUCGUCGCCCUUAUGGAUUUGGAUUGAAAAUAUAAAAUUACAGACGAAUAUGAGAGCUUAUCUUCAUGGAAUCACUGAUGGUGAUUUUUCACAGCAACUGCUUAAACUUGGGGAAGGAAUUUUUACCACUCUAAAUUUAACAGUAAUUUUAAUAUUCUUCUGGAUGAGCCUUUAAGGCAAAUUGUCCAUAGUUUAGGAAUUUUAAUAGAUGCAGUAUACCCUGACAUCGAGAAUUUGCAUGAAAAGGAAUUUUAUUGGUUGUGUUCUAGGGCAAUAGUGUCACCCAGGAAUGAUAGUACGAUAAACAGUCCAUUAUCCCCGAAGACACAGUACAUUAUCCCCAGAAAUUUUUAAAUUCAUUAAACCCUUCUGGAUUGCCACCACAUAAAUUGGAAUUCCAAUUAUGAUUUUGAAAUUAAGUCCUCCAAGCAUGUGCAACGGAACAAGGCUGCUUAUUAAGGAAUUGAAAGACAAUUUAAUUGUAGCAACCAUUAUCACCGGCCCAGCAGCUGGUCAACAAGCUCAUAUAGCGAGGAUCUUCCAGCCCCAUUUAAACGGCUUCAAUUUCCGAUGAAAACAUCUUUCGCUCUAAUUAUAAACAAGUCCCAAGGCCAGACUUUCUAAUUAGUAGGGAUUAACCCACGAAAGGAAUGUUUUACUCAUGGCCAACUGUAUGUUGGUCUAUCACAGGCCGGAGGUCCUAAAAAUCAAUUUAUAUUGCUGCCAUAAAAUAAAUUAACAUUAAAUAUCGGUUACAGGGAAGCUCUGAUUCAAUAAAUUAUUUUGCAGGAGCAGGAAAGUAAAAUAUAUUGUAAAUCAUUUAACUAUUAUAUCAUUUCACUAAUUUUUAAUAACCCCACGCAAAAACGAGAAAGUAUGUGUGGGAGAGUGUGUACAAAAUUAUAACUUUUGAAAUGAUUGUUUAAUACCCAUGUGAAGUCGAGGCGGGCUGCUAGUACCAAAUAAGAGAAGCAUAGACCAUUAGCUAUUUUUAAACCCUUUAAAAACAUCUACUUAGUUUUAUGCUGUUUAAAUUUCAAACAGCGAAAUUUUAAACAGCGAAGCGAAAGCAUCUUUUAAUGAAUCAGUAGUUUUAGUAUCCAGUAGUUUUCUAAAAUUUUCGAUUAUUCUGACUUAGCGAGUCGUAGUUACAGAGGAGGUCAAUUUCAUAGAUGGAACAUUUAACUGUGGAGAAUAUUUCGCAUUUUUUGGCUAGUUAGUGACCAUUCGCAGGUUUAAAAUUUCGUCUCUUCAUUCAUCUGUCCGUAUACACGCGAAGUACUCCCUCAAUCUUUCUGAUAUCGAUUUAGAAUUGAGUAAACGCCCUUUCCUUUGCAAGAAAUUUCUCAUUUGUCCGAACCAAUGACAUCGGACUACAAUGGGAUGUAGCUCAAAAAAGAUCAAGACAUUGUAUGGAAAACUUUUGUAGUUAACAAGAUUUCUUCACGAAAUUUUGCUUAGCUCUUAUAGCAGGAACAGCCAAAAACGCUACUCCCUUCCUUCCUUUGCCUUCCUUAGCGAGCAAAAUGUGUCAAAAGUUGAGCCCGUGGUAAAAACGCAAAAAUCAGCCAUUUUUGUUUGUUUUCAUUUGAACAAUGUUGCCAUUGCUGAAUACGCACAUAUAGUUUUGUACACAUCUAAGUUUUCAAUUACAAUUUUUCAUAAUAUAAAAUAUCAAAACUGAAAUUAAACUAUUAAAAAUAGUUUAUAUAUUUAUAAAUAAUAGCACUCGACUCUGAUUUUGAGUUAGUUUGAGAAAAUUUCAAACAUAUUUAUAAUUACUACAGUAUAUCGAGAUUGGCAACCCUGCGUUGUGAGAGAGCAAUCAGCUGACACGUUUCUACGGCAAAAGUCCAAAUGCCGUGGAAAUCUACGUCAUCCUACGGCAAAGAGAGAAGGGAGUAGCGUUUUCGCUGUUCACUUACUAUGUUUUAAAAACAAUAUUUUACAGAGAGGAUUAUAGCUUUUAUACAGUCGAAGUUAACAUUUUUUUGUUUUCAUUGUUUUCAGGAUACUAAGUUACUUCUUUUCGUAAAUUAUGAUUUAAACAAUUUACUUAUCGUAAACCACACUUAUUUCGAAGAGAUUUAAUAAUACAAAUGUUCCUUCAGGAAAUUUAGUAUACAGUUAUACAUUUUUUGGCACUCGUUUUAAAACAAUUCCAUUGUAAAAUAUACGAACAUCCCUAACAAAUGUACUAUACACAUAAAUUCAAAUAGUAUAUACAAAUACACAGCUGAUCAGCAAUUCUUAUAAUUUCGAUAUUUCAUUUUUUCUUAGUAUUAAGUAUUAAUUAUGAAUUUCACAAAUAUUAUCAUUGUAAAAAUUAGCCUCAUUUUAGUUGAAUAAAUAUUAAAUACAAUUUUAUUUCAUACAUAUUUAAUUAUAAUCUACAAAAUUUACUUAGAAAAAGUACGAUUAAUCCUUUGUUUUUCACUAAUAAUCUAAUAUUUAAAUAAUUGUGUGCUAUAGUUGUUAAAUAUAUAUCUGUGUACAUUAGGUUAAUGCAGACGACAUACUUAGUUUUUAAGCAGAGAGUGUAUUUAAAGAGAAAGUGUAAUUACAAUUUAAAUUAUUGAAUAGUACUAAAAAAAAUUAAAAAAGUAACUAACACAUUAAAAAUAAAUUAUAAA